AUGAUUCAUACUCUUCACGACGCCCUCACCCGCGACGGGUUCCAACUGCCCCCCCUUCCCCCCGCCAACCCCUGGGUCGACUUUUGGAUCAGAUGUGCUGGACAUGAUCACCUUGUCGCCCCCAUGCAAGCCACGCCCGCGUUCAAGACGUUUCUUGGUCCGAUCCCGGAUGCCCGCCUCGCCGUACACAACAUUGCGCGAGUAUAG